CUUUGUGUUUCUGAGUUGGCGUCAAGUUCAAAAGACCAAAUUGAGAUCGAAAGGGGGAAUUUAGGGUUUGACAAUGGACAUGGAUAGAAAAUCAAGCGACGGCGAGAAAAAGAAGGAAUCGUCGAUCGAGGCGGAGCCAAUGGAAACUUCCACCGGCGUUGACACUUCCUUGCUAGGGAAGCUCAAGUUGGAGGAAACACAAGACCAGGAGGAUUCCGGUGAAGAGGAAGUCGACGGAGAUGAGGAGGAAGUGGAGGAGGAGGGGGAGGAAGAAGAUAGUGAUUUCUAUUGGGAGAAGGAUAGUUUCGAUGGGCGGGAAUAUCAUUCCUCUGACAACAGUGAGUACUCGGACGAGGAUCUACAGGAAAGAGCACGUUAUUACAAUCGCACGGUCAUCGAAACCAAGGGUUUCUUUAAGUCAUCGGGUAAAGUCCCCAUGUACCUUUGGUCUGGAAUUGUUGUAAUCCCGCAUCGGGAUCUUGAAAAGAAAAUGUAUGGAGGUAUCACCGGUCAUGAGUUCAUCGGGAACAUGGCAUCUGAAUGUGUUGAAAAACACAACCGAAGAAACAAUAAGAAUGUGAGGUUCGAGCAUUUAUUGAGGGCUAAUUUCGACCCAGGAGCCAAGACUAAGUACUACAUCACCUUUGCUGCAAAAGAAUCUGACUAUCCUGAUGCGCCUCUCGUGGAGUAUCAAGCUAAGGUGGUUUGGUCUGCUGGCGUUACUCACCCCAUCUUUUGCAGACCCGCUCCACCACCUAAACAUGGGUAGAGGAUAAUGUAUAGCUUUUAGUUAUCACUCUUUGUUGGACUAGAAGAGAAAAUAUUAAACAUAUCAUAAGAACCUGCUCUGGAUUUCCUCUUAUUUGUGAUGCAAAUAUAAUUUCUACACUUGAUGCAAAUGUGGGUUCCGUGGAUCACAAGGUCUUUUGUGAAGAUCCAUUUCAACUGUAUUUAUUACCUAUGGAGCCUUGUCUUCAAACAAUGUGGAGUCCCAAGGAUUUUCGUCAUAA